AUGACAACAGAAAAAAGUAAAGAUUUAAAAGGACUUUUAAAUGAAAAUGAUGAUGAUGAUGAAAUGCCUUUCAAUAUUGAAGAGAUUGGUAUCAAGAUUCAUGAUAUUUUAGUUAAUAUACCACCACCAUCAAAAGAAACUAGUUCUCUAAAUUUUCAAGAGAACCUUUCCGAAGUAGAAGAAUCAUCAGAUUCAGAGGAUGAUAAAGAAGAAAGUGAUGAUGAUGAAGAAGAUGAUGAUGAAGAAGAUGAUGAUGAUGAUGAGGGUGGUAUUUCAAAAGAAGAAAUAUUAAGACAAAGUAAAAAUAUAGCAUUUCCAGAACAAAAAGCAAAGAAAAGACCAGCAACACCAAAGAUAGUUUCAGUUUUAUCACAAAAAAAAGUAGUUGAUAAAGCUGAUAAAUUCGAUAUGGAUACAUUUAAAACAACAAUAUCAGGUAGUACUUCAAAGAAAAAGAAAUCAUUAUUACCAACUGAACAAGAUAAAGAAGAAGAAAGAAAAAGAAGAGAAAGAGAUAGUGAUGAUGAUGGUAAUGCUGAUGAUGAUGAUGAUGAUAAUGACAAAAUGAAUAUUGAUAGUAAUAAUAACAAUAAAACCACAACUACAACUACUACAACUACAAAUAAAAUACCAAAGAAAAAGAAAAAGAAAAGAUUUUAUUCACAACAAGAGAUUAGAAUUCCAAAAGAAGUUAGAAAAUUAUUAGUUGGAGGUAAUGAACAAUAUACAAAGGGUAAUUUUGAUCUUGCAUUUUCAACUUAUGCAGAAGUUGUUAGAAUGUUACCACGUUUAUCGAUACCCUAUAAUAUUUUAGGUAAAAUUAAAGAAAGUCAAGGUGAAAUGGAGGCAGCAUUAGGUUUCUAUGUUUAUGGUGCACAAAUGCAAGGUUCAAAUGGUGAUUGGUCAAGUAUUGGUGUAAGAGCAAAAGAGGCGGGUCAAAUGGAGACAGCAUUAUAUUGUUUUUCACGUGCUUGUAGAAAUGAUGAAACCGAUUUAGAUUCAUUUUGGGAGAAAAGUUUAAUACUCAUUCAAAAAGGUUUCUACAAGAGAGCAUUGAAAAUCCUAACCAAAUUAAGUAAAUACACCAAUGGUUCACCACAGGUACUUCAAGAGUUGGCUAGAGUGUAUUCUCAUCUCUCUCAAUAUCAUGAUGCUUCUGCAAUGAUUUCAGAGGUAGUAGACGAACAACUAUUGUCAAAUAAAUCAUUGGAUGAUGUCUCUUUGGAUAGUGUUAAUUUAAUGAUGGAAUUAAAGAAUAAAACUAGAAACUAUCAAGAUACCAUCACCAUUUUCAAUAAAAUCACAGCAAAGUAUGGUAAUGACUCUGAAGUUCCUUUUGAUUUGGUUUUCAAUGCUUGUCAAGCCUAUUAUUCACUUGGUACUGAUUUCGGUAAUGAACGUGGUUCAAAAUUAUUACACUUAAGAUUGUUACCAUUGGAUCCAUCAGAAUAUGGUGAUCUAUUCACUUCAUUAGCCGAUGAAUUAUUUGCUUUAGGUAAAUAUCAAGAUGCAUUGGUUGUUUAUUUACAUCUAAAGGAUACAGACUUUGAUAUUCCUUCAAAUUGGGUAAAAAUCGCAGAUAUUCAUAGAUCCACUAAAAAUUAUGAAGUUGCCAUUGAAUACUUUUCAAAAGCAAAUGAAAGAGUACCUGGUAAUGUUCAUACAACCUUAGCAAUGAGUGAAAUUUAUAAAGAAAUGGGUGAUGAUGAAAAAGCAUUACAAAUUUUAAAUCAAUCUUCAACAAUUUCAAAUAGAAAUGAUCAAAGUGAAAAAGAAUUAUUUGAAAGUACUUUAAAUGAGUUAAAUUCAAAAAGAAAUGCUUAUUUAAAUUCAAUUAAAAAUAAUUCAUCAACAGCAGCAGCAGCAGCAGCAGCAGCAGGAGGAGCAACCAAUACAACAUCAACAAGUGGUGCAAAAGAAAGUAAUCCAGUUGGACUUGAUGUUACAAAAGAAGAUGUUAAAUUAUUUUAUAGACAUGCUCAAGCAUUUUUAAAUUUAUCAAAGUAUUCUCAAUAUUUAGGUAUUGCAACAGCAUUAUUACAUGGUUCAACCGAUAGAUAUAUUUAUCGUAGAAAAGUUGGUGUUGGUAAAUUUAAAAAGAGAAAGCGUGUAAAGAGAUCAAAGAAUCCAUACUCUAUAGAGAUGUAUAAACAUCAAUCAGAACAUCCAUACGCAGAGUUAUUAGAUGAAGAAGAUUAUUUCAAUCUCCUUUUAGAUAGUUCAAAAAUAUUUGUACAUUUAAAUCGUCAACAAGAAGCAAGUCAAUAUCUUCGUUAUGCAUUACGUAAUAUCCAUUUUGAAAAUGGUUUAUUCUCUCAUCAAUUAAAAUUCCUUACUGUGGCAGUUGCUUUCAAUGAUAAAAAUUAUUAUUUAGCUUAUAAACAUGUUAAAUAUGUUUGUUCAAAGAAACCAUAUAGUAAUAGAGUUUGGAAUCUUUUUAAUAAAAUCAUUGUAAAUUAUGGUAAUAGAUCAACAGUACAAAAUAGAUUUUUAACAAAAAUUAAUGAAAAAUAUUCAGAUAGUAUACCAGUUUUAAUUAUGUUGGGAAAUCAAAAUAAACAAACUGAUAAUGCAAGAGGUGCAUUGUUUGAAUAUAUUAAAGCCUAUAGAUUAUGUCCAGAUGAUCCUUUGAUUAAUUUAUUGAUUUCAGUUUUAAUUCUCUCACAAGUUAUGGGUAGAAAACAAGCAAAUAGACAUCGUAUAGCAAUUACAUCAUACUCAUUCUUAUAUAAAUAUUAUAAUCUUAGAGGUAAAUCUCAAGAAUCUUUAUAUAAUCUUGGUAGAGGUUAUCAUCAAUUAGGUAUAUACAAUAUGGCAAUUAAUUAUUAUGAUAUGGUUUUAAAUUAUGAAGAUGAAAUCGAUGAAGAAACUGGUGAAAUCAAUAAAAAUGAUUCUUUGAAAUGUGAAGCAGCUUUUAAUCUUUCUUUAAUCUAUAAAUCAAAAGGUAAUACUAGUCUUGCUAAUGAAAUCUUAAAAAAAUAUAUUGUUGUGUAA